CUUAAGAAGUAGAAAGUCCCCAAAAACUGAAGAGAAAGAGGAAUCGAAAGAAAAAGCAAUGAGUAUAGAAAUACCUGAUAAGCAAGAGAUAAAGGAUAUCUCUUAUAGCACAGAUGACAAAAUAGAAGACACUCAAAAAGAAGCUGAACAAGCAACCACUUUUUCAGAAGCAGAACUUACAACAAGAGAUGAGCUUGCACUAGAUGCCUAUUUUUUAAAGAUAAUAAUAAAGAAUAUAAUCCCCCUUAAGAAAAUAUAUCGUCAGCAAUUCAAAUAG